UUUGGCCAGGAUCGCAGGCUGGAGGAGGUCGCACGCAUUCUCUGUUCCUCGACGAUUCCAUCAAUUAAAAUUGUGGAGCGUCCCGAGCUCAGUGAACAUGACCAAACCAAAGAACACCAAAAUCAAGUGGUUCGAGUUGCAGAACGUACUCUUGCUCUGCCUUAUGGACGCGCAAUGUUCACCUUUGGUUCAGUUCCCACCGUUACUCGAGAAGCCUACACAAUCCCCAAAAUUGAAUAUACGGUUCGAAUGCAACCGCUGAACAUCACUGUUGCGCCAGAAGUUGGCAAAUUGGCUCUAGAUUCAAUAAAUUGGGGAGAGUUUCACAAUGGUGUCGCUGCCGGUUUAAGAAUAUCUCCAACAGCUACUGGUGUAGAGAGUUCUUGGAUCGCGUUCAACAAGCCAUCCGAUUUGACACCUGAACAUGCAGGAUUCCUCCUCGGCCUUGGCCUUACUGGCCACUUGAAGGAAAUGCUGACCUGGCAUACUUUCGCUUAUCUGACGCCAAAACAUGACCUUACAUCCAUCGGGGUACUUCUUGGGUUAGCUUCUGCAAACUUGGGAAAUGGCAAUCAGCAUGUCACCAAGCUACUGGCUGUUCAUACCCCUGCUCUGCUGCCUACACCCACUGUGGACUUAAAUGUUUCACUUCUAACUCAAGCAGCAGGCUUAUCGGGCGUUGGCCUGCUUUACCUUGGAACAAGAAAUCGACGCAUGGCAGAGGUUUGCCUCAACCAAAUUAGUCGACAUGAUCUCGUUCAACCUGAUCUCAGCAACGAGCAUCGAGAAGCAUACACCUACGCCAGCGCUCUCGCCUUUGGAAUGAUCAUGCUUGGGAAAGGCACCACCAUC